AUGGAGCAACUAGAUUCUGUUGAUCAAAGUGGAAAAAGAAUGGGAAGGCCAUCGAUUUUCAGUCAACCAAUUCACAUCGAGGUUCGCAAUGAUGAUCUAGGUGAACAUGCCAAAAAUCAUUGCCUCUUGUUGGCUGUCCAGCUGACAUUGCUAUAUGUAAAUAUGGUUAAAACAACACGUGCAAAUGUAAACUUUUUAAACCUUAUUCGUGGGAAAGGAGAAAGUUCCAAGCUUUAUCGAUGUAAAUUGAUCAAAGAUAUGUUAACUCAAAUGGAAAAGCACGGAAUAAAUUAUUCACCGAACAUGUCUCGUUAUUCUGUGGAAGAACAUGUCCCUUUAAUACAAAAAUAUUUUAACGAGGAAUUUCCUGGUGAAUAUCGAUUAGCAGUAUUUGGAGAAGAAGGCCAUAUGAUACCUUUAUGGAAGGCACCUGAUCGUGCGAAAAAAGAUAUUUGUCUAUAUUUAAUGGAUGGGCAUUACUAUGGUAUAAGGAAAUUAAAUACACUGUUUGGAAAGCAUAUGUAUUAUUGCCUUGAAUGUGAAGCAACGUACCACAACAAAAAUGAGCAUCGUCUGACAUGUGCAGCAAAAUGUCCACGUUGCUGCGGGAUGGGCGCAGAUUUUCCGUGUAAAGGGAUUGAAAAUUUCGAAAUAACUUGUUCUGAGUGUUUCAAUCAGUUUAGAAAUCCAAGCUGUUUCGAACGACACAUUGAAAAAGGAAUAUGUCAGAUUUUUAAAAGGUAA